UGUUAAGGUUACGCGAGCAAACUAGCGUGAAGUUGGUGCUGCAACUGAUGAUGAAUAUUGGGUGGCGGUUACUUGGAAGAACACAAGACUGACAUACAUGCCACGUAACACGUUCACCUAAGCCUCUCCCUCUGUGCUUUCAAUUUCAGUGUUUUGCGAUGCUAUUGCUAUUACCUCCUCACUUAGCUUCCCAAACGCGCUUGCGUUUUCCCUCCACCUUCAAACUCAAGGCUCUGUCCCAGGCUGAUGACUUCCCUUCAUUUCUUCCCAACCAAGUCCACACAAUCAAAGACCCUUUUGCUCGAAACCUUGCCAUGCGGAUUCAGAGACUACCCGUUUCUGUUAGGUUCUCUGAAAAUCCUAUCAUGAGUAGUUGUGUGAAGCCAUUGAUGCAGAACAAUGCAAAUCCAGUUGUUCUUCUACAUGGUUUUGACAGCUCAUGUUUAGAAUGGAGAUACACAUAUCCAUUGCUUGAGGAAGCUGGUUUUGAGACAUGGGCCAUUGACAUUCUUGGUUGGGGUUUCUCUGAUCUAGAAAAACUUCCUCCAUGUGAUGUGGUAUCAAAGCGUGAUCACUUUUAUCAGUUUUGGAAGUCCUACAUCAAAAGGCCAAUGAUAUUGGUUGGUCCAAGCCUCGGCUCUGCAGUUGCCAUUGACUUUGCGGUCAAUUAUCCUGAAGCUGUGGAAAAGCUUGUUUUGAUUGAUGCUAGUGUUUAUGCAGAAGGAACAGGAAAUCUAGCAACCUUACCUAGAGCAGCAGCAUAUGCUGGGGUAUAUGUAUUGAAGAGCAUACCAUUACGCUUAUAUGCUAACUAUUUGAGCUUCACUAGCAUAUCUUUCAGUACCAGCCUUGAUUGGACUAAUGUGGGUCGCUUGCAUUGUUUAUUACCUUGGUGGGAGGAUGCUACAAUUGAUUUUAUGACUAGUGGUGGUUAUAAUGUUGCCUCUCAGAUAACAAAGGUAAAGCAGAAAACUCUCAUCAUUUGGGGGGAAAAUGACCGCAUAAUCAGCAAUAAGCUUGCAGUGCGGCUGCAUUGUGAAUUACCUGAUGCCAUUGUACGCCAAAUACCUGAUUGUGGUCACAUUCCUCAUGUUGAAAGACCAGAUUCUGUUGUCAAAUUAAUUGUUGAAUUUGUUCAGAGAAAAACCAAGACAGAAAAUCAAAAUCAGUGUGUUUCACAAGUAUGACAAGGAAGCAUGCCGUGUCUGUGUCGUAGUUGUGUUGGACACGUAUCCAUCUUAGACACUUCAAAUUUUCCUAGUAGAAUUUUAUAUUUUUUUUACUUUUAUUUUUCUCAACUUUACUCCAAUUCAAAAUAUAAAUCACAAAAAUAAAUAUACUAUAGCCUUUUAUUAUGUCUACAGUGAUUCAUGUUCACUUUUAUAACAUCAAUUCUCUCUUUUGAUUUAA